GGUGGUUUUUUGGAGUUCCUGAGGAUCCCUGUGUUGGUCUAAACACUUUUUCAAAUCAUCUGAUUUAUUUGCCUCUACUGCAGGCAACCAAAGAGCAUGGAGAACCUCACGCAAGCGCAAUGGCGGGAAAUUAUGAACAAGAAGAUGCGUUUCCCGCCGACUCUGAUUGCGGCAAUCCAGGCAGCGAACGUGCUGCAGGUGUCCAGGCUGCUGGCAGUCAGUGACGGGAUCCUGCGGCAGCUGGAUGAAUCAGAGGACCGCUUGUGGAGGGAGGCCCUGAAUCUGGCCAUCCGGCUGGGCAACGAGGACAUAAUAAAUGUCCUCCUGGAGUGUGUCAAGUUCGACUUCCGUCAAAUCCAUGAGGCCUUGCUGGUGGCCGUGGACACCAACCAGCCCACUGUGGUCAAGCGCCUCCUGGACAGGCUGGACCAUGAGAAAGGGGUUGGCAACAACAAGGUGGACAUCCGUUCCUUCUCGCUGGCUAUCUUUGACCACUCCAUCGACAAUUCACAUUUUGCCCCCGGGGUCACCCCGCUCACACUGGCCUGCCAGAAAGACCUGUAUGAGAUUGUGGAAAUGCUGACCAAGAAGGGUCACGUCAUCCCCCGGCCCCACAAGGUCUCCUGCACCUGCCUGGAGUGCCGCAACGGGCGCCAGUAUGACCUGCUGAAGUUCUCACUCUCCCGCAUCAACACCUUCCGGGGCAUCGCCAGUCGUGCCUACCUUUCCAUCGGCAGCGAGGACGCCAUGCUCAGCGCCUUCCGCCUCAGCCGCGAGCUCAAGAGGCUCUCCAAGAAGGAGCCCGAGUUCAAGCCUCAGUACUUGAGCUUGGAGGACCUGUGCCAGGAGUUUGCAGUGGAGCUGCUGGGAAUGUGCAGGAACCAGAGUGAAGUGACGACGAUUCUGAACGACUGCGGAGACGACAGCGAGGAGGAACUGGACCAGCAGACCUUCGAAGAGGGCAUCCCCAACUUGGCUCGGCUGAGACUCGCUGUCAAUCACAACCAGAAACGGUUUGUGGCCCAUCCCAUCUGUCAGCAGGUGCUCUCGUCGAUUUGGUGCGGCAGUCUGUCUGGCUGGCGCGGCAGCAAGACCGCGUGGAAGAUCUUCGUCUCGCUUGGGAUCUUCAUCACCAUGCCUGUGCUCUGUCUCAUCUACUGGCUGGCUCCCAAAUCCAAGAUCGGAAAGAUCCUGAAGAUCCCGGUGAUAAAGUUCCUGCUACACUCUGCCUCCUAUCUGUGGUUCCUGAUCUUCUUGCUUGCGGAGUCCAUCAUCAUGGAGAGUGACCGGGAACACUUCUCCACGCGCAACCAGAGCAUUCUUCAGAACUCCUUCCACAUGGUGUGGGUGGUGGGCUUCUUCUGGCAUGAGUGUAAGGAGGUGUGGAUUGAGGGUAUGCGCAACUACCUGCUGGACUGGUGGAACUUCCUGGACAUCAUGACCCUCAGCAUGUACUUGGCCGCCUUCAGCCUGCGCGUGCUCGUCGCCCUCAAGGGCUACUUCUACUGCCUGGAGUCCGAAACCACACUGGAGUGCGUCUACUUCACACAAACCGGACGAGAGGGGUGGCGUCAGGAGGACCCCCAGAUCAUUGCUGAGGUACUCUUUGCUGUGACGAGCAUGCUCAGUUUCACACGGAUGGCGUACAUCCUACCUGCCCACGAGUCUCUGGGAACAAUGCAGAUCUGCAUCGGGAAGAUGAUUGACGACAUGAUGAGGUUCAUGUUUAUCCUGAUGAUCAUUGGAACAGCCUUCCUCUGUGGAAUCAACAAUAUAUAUGUGAACUACGUUGUAUCCCCACGCCUAGGACAGUUCAAUGAGACAUUCCCGUUCCUGUUCUGGACCAUGUUUGGGUCAGCGGACCAAAGCGCGGUGGACAUGCCUGAGUAUGUGGUGGCUGAGUUUGUGGGGCGGGUGAUGUACGGGAUAUUCACCCUGGUGAUCGUCAUAGUACUGCUCAACAUGCUCAUCGCCAUGAUCACCAACUCCUUCCAGAAGAUAGAGGACGACGCGGAUGUGGAGUGGAAGUUUGCACGCUCGAAGCUUUAUCUCUGCUAUUUCAGGGAGGGUCUCACCCUGCCGGUCCCCUUCAACGUCAUCCCCACCCCAAAGUCCUUGUUCUACUUGCUAAGGGGCAUUUUCCAGAAGAUCUGCUGCUGUUGUAAAACCAAGCGAUUGCCGGACUACCCACCUAUUCCCUCAAUUUCAAACGCAGUACUGCAGGAUAAGGAUUUCCCCAUGGAGAGUCGUGUGUCAUACAGGCUGCAGGUCAUCAAGGCGCUAGUGCAGCGAUACAUUAAGACAGCCUGCAGGGAGUUCGAGGAGAGCAAGAGGAAAGAUGUUGGCAAUCGGAUUACAGAGCUGAACAAAGUGGUGGGGCGACUCCACUCUGAAAUGAAGCAAAUUCGCAAGAAACUCACCCAGGGCACUUCCAUUUCCGGAGAGGAAGAGGGCGCUAGCAUACUGGGCAAGUACAUCCUUGGGGCCAAGACCAACUUCCGGACCUUCGACCAGGACUCCCUGGGAUCCGAAGGGUCUGUAAAAGUCACUGUGCACCAGAGAGAGAGAGCGGGGGUGGGUGAGGGUGAGGGUGAGGGUGAAGGCCAGUGUGUGGAAGAGGAAGGGUGUGAGAAGCAGGCAACCUCCCCCACUGACAGCAAGUCCUCUGAAGACACGGAUACGGGGUUUGGAUCGCAGACGGGAGAAGAGUUGAUUGAGGGGGGCGAGGAAGUGAAUUAGAAAAUCUCACGGGGGGGGAUACGCCAUAAUUGAAAAAUAACUACAAACAAUGUAGUACUUUAUAGUUUUUGACCACAAAAAUACCAAUAGAAUGUAAUAUAGGGUUCUGUAGGAUACAUCAGCAUGUUUCUUGCACAUCACCCGACAAUAUAUAAAUAUAUAUAUUACUAUAUAUUUUAUAUAGUAUAGUUACUUUCAGAUAAUCCUUUUGAACUUCCAUCCAAUACAAACUAUCUUAUUCAAGCCAUCUGAGGCAAACAGUCUGAUACAAUGAAAUUACAGAUGGCUGUAUCACAUCAAUAUCAGGGUCUACAAUAUAUUAAGUGCAUAGAGUUCAAGAUCCUGUAUCUAAUUUUCAAUAGUUCCCAUUAUCGAUUGCCUGAAUGUGUAUUAGUAACAUUUUAGCAUUUGUGUUAGAAUUGCACAUACCUGCACCGCACGUUGUUUGAGUUAACUCAGAGAGCCUGUUAAAACUAUGUAUUGGAGAGAUUAUAUAUUUUCUUGUAAAGAAACCUAUUCUGCUGCUUUCUAUUACAAAGCUGCUGCUACAGACAAGGCAUAAACUCUAGAAACAUAAAGAAAUGUUUUAAUUAAUUGUUACUGUCUAUUGCAACAAAAAACAGGCCCACAGCUAAGUAACCUGGCACUACAUUAGUAAAAUAGUAUCUCAGUUCUUCAAAUCUGGAGUUGUUAAUUUCUCGUUUUGUAAUUUGGUGCAGGCUUCACUGCUAAAAAGGUUUGAACAAAAUGUGGGCGACUCACCAUUCAUCUCUUUUGUACUAUUUUAUGUUAAUGUAGCCUAUAAUUCAGCUCAAUAAAAAAAUAAGAAUACGUAAGUUUAAAAAUAAAUACAUUAAAUGUGGACCACAGAAAAAAACAAACAAAAAAAAAAACGUUGUUUGGGUUAUAUUUAGUGCGUCUGAUUUACCGGUGAAAUAUUUUUUCCAAAUUCGGGUGAAAGCUUUUUUAAAAAUCAGGUAGAAUUAUUUAAUGAAAAAAUCAGGGUGCAUUUUUUUAUAUAUAAAGAAUAAAUAUUCGGGUUGAAAAUUGGGUUUUAUUUAGAAACAAAGUUGUCGUCAACAGUUUAAAUCAAACGUAUGUAUAUUUCCACACAUUGGGUGGGGUAUGCAAACUUUUGACGACACCUCUCUCUCUCUCUCUCUCUCUCUCUCUCUCUCUCUCUCUCUUUUGGGUUUUGGGUUUAACACGAACGCAGAAAAAAGCAUUCGGGGGCGGGGAGAAAUCGGGUUAAAUCGGGUAAAACCCGAAAAUCAGACGCCCUAGUUAUGUUACAUACAGCUGUGCUUCAUCUUCAAUGUUUGUUUUUCAAGGGCUCCCACAAUAUCGUAAUACAUCACUCACCUUUAAGAGUAACAUCAUGAAAUCUGUUAAUUGUGCAAUGGGUAGCAGACAUUUUGAUAACUAAUGCAAUAAUUUACAAUGUAUUCUUUGCUUCUUAUCAGCAGCUGGCCAAAUGUGGCCAUGAUGGAGAUACUUAAAGAGUAAGUAGUGGGAUUCUGAAAAAUAUAGGGUUAUACAUCCCCACAUGUUCCUAUAACUGUUUAAAUACCGUACCAGUAAUUUUUCUUUUCAUUAUUAAUAUCCAGACAACUUUUUACACAAUUUUAAAAUGUGUUUCAAAUCUCUUUUCAAAAUGGCCGCUCUAGUACACUGGGGUUUGAGAUCUGUCCUCUAAAUCACUGCAGAAAGAGCGAUUAAAAAAAAAAAAAACCAUAAGUGCUAUGGCUUUUCUUUUCCUACCACAUCGUUUAUCGUUAUUGCUGUUACCUUACACUAGUGCACUAGAGCGGACAUUUUGAAAAGAUCUUUGAAACAGACUUCACAGUGUAAAAAGCUGUUAACAAUGAAAAGAACUAUGACAGAUACGUCAUUUAGCAACACGUGGGGACGUGUUCGGAUCCGCUGCUUACUCUUUAAGUAGGGUGUUUGGGUUGGGUUUUCUUUCUUUGGGAAGCCUGUACUUGUUUAAUCAUUGAUGCAAACUGAAUGUAACACUUCUGCAUCUUUGUACUGUUCAGCUACUAACCUCUUGCAAUAAAAUGGUUAAGCCAA